CCUCCAGCCCCCUAGCACUGCCGGCCCCACGCCCAGCCCAGUGUCCGGGGAGAGGAGAUGGGUGCAGGACGGGGCGUCCCCAUGGCCCAGCUGGCCCUGCUCACCCUGCUGGCCCUGCCGGGCGCCGGGGCAGUGAGAGUGGAGCACAUGAGCUCCCAGGUGAAUUUCUACCAGCGGACGGACCUGGCCCAGCAGGAGUCUGGCGAGUACAUGCAGGAGUUCGACCAGGACGAGAUGUUCCACGUGGACCUGGAGAGGAAGGAGACCGUCUGGCGCCUGCCCGACUUCAGCAAGUUCACCAGCUUCGAGGCGCAGGGCGCCCUGGGCAACAUCGCCGUGCUGAAGAACAACCUGGAGAUCCUGAUCAAGAGGUCCAACCAUUCGCGGGCCCAGAACGUGCCCCCUGAGGUGACCGUGUUCCCUGAAGACCCCGUGGAGCUGGGGGAGCCCAACGUCCUGAUCUGCUUCGCGGACAAGUUCUUCCCGCCCGCGCUCAGCAUGACGUGGCUGAAGAACGGGCAGGAGGUGACGGGGGGCGUCUACGAGACCGACUUCUACCCUCGCCAGGGUGACUCCUUCCGCAAGUUCUCCUACCUGCCCUUCCUCCCCAGCCAGGGCGACUUCUACGACUGCCGGGUGGAGCACUGGGGGCUGCCCGAGCCCUUCACGAAGCACUGGGAAGCCCAGAUGCCCACCCCCGUCCCCGAGACCACCGAGACCCUGGUGUGCGCCCUGGGCCUGGCCGUGGGCAUCAUCGGCAUCAUCGCGGGCACCAUCCUCAUCAUCAAGGGCAUGAAGAUGAACGCCGCCCGCAACCCGCGGGGCCCCUUAUAAACGCAGGGAGAAGCCAGGGCCCCUGAAUCCUUCCCAGAUGCCUUCCUGAGACCCGCUCACGGCCCCCACCCCCUCCAGCUCUGCCCCCAGCACCCCUGCUCCGUGCCCAUUGGUGCCAGCUGCUGUACCCAGGCGGGGCCCCCCGACCCCGUAACCGCGCCGAGCCAAGCCGCUAGAGACUCCCUGGGGAGCCGGCCCCUCAGGCGGGCCCUGCACCCCUGCUGGGCUUGGGAGGGGGGCACCUAUCCAGGGAGAGGGCUGCUGCCCCAUGGGGCUGGGAAUGGGGGUGGCCCCUCGUCAGGGGGCAGCAGGGCCCACGGGGCUGAUCCAAACCCCAUUGCCAUCGUGGGGAAGGUUUCUCUUGACUCCAGUGGGUGCUGGAUUGGGCCCCGAGCCCGGCCCCUAUUGGCUAGAGGCUGCUGUCAGUCACCCCAGGUAAAGCCCCUCCAGCCAUUACCCAGAAGGCUUUGGGCCAGAUUUGGCCAUUCCCGGUCAAUGGGGUCCCCAUGGGGCAGGAUCGGGCCCAUGACUGUCCCAGCGCUAGCCCCUGGCUAAAGGCCCCAUGGCACCCAUGUGUGACUCCCCCGGGGUCCAUCCCUGCUGGGUCUGUGUGGGAAGGGCCCAGUCCCUGUAUAGCCCCCCUUCUCCCUGUGCCCCGUGUGUGUCCACAGCCCGGCUGCCCUCGAUCUAGCUUUGCUAACAGCAAUAAAGUGGAUUUUGGGGACGUU